AUGGCCUACUCUGUGUAUAUAGGGGGGUGCUCCCAGGUGGGGAUUAUCAGGGCACUGAUCGAAGCAGGAAUCCCAGUUGAUAUGAUUGGAGGAACUUCCAUUGGCUCGUUCAUGAGUGCCCUGUAUGCUGAAGAGCGUAGCUAUAAUCAAAUGAGGAUCAAAGCCAGGCAAUGGGCAAUGGAUAUGAAUUCAGUAUUUAAGACUGUGCUAGACUUGACAUAUCCAAUAACCUCCAUGUUCUCUGGAGCUUCAUUUAACAGUGGCAUCAGCAAUAUCUUCAAAGACAAACAGAUUGAGGAUCUGUGGAUUCCUUACUUCACUAUCACGACUGACAUUACUGCAUCAGCCAUGAGGGUCCACACAGAUGGUUCCCUUUGGAGGUAUGUCCGUGCCAGCAUGUCACUGUCUGGGUACAUGCCCCCUCUCUGUGAUCCAAAGGAUGGACAUCUCUUGAUGGAUGGAGGUUAUAUCAACAAUCUUCCAGCGGAUGUUGCAAGGUCCAUGGGGGCAAAAGUGGUGAUAGCAAUUGAUGUGGGCAGCCGGGAUGAAACGGACCUCACCAACUAUGGCGACGCUCUGUCUGGCUGGUGGCUGCUGUGGAAGAGAUGGAAUCCCCUAGUUGAAAAAGUGAAGGUGCUGAACAUGGCAGAGAUCCAGACCCGGCUUGCGUAUGUGUGCUGCGUGCGGCAGCUGGAGAUGGUCAAGAACAGUGAAUAUUGUGAAUACAUUCGCCCACCCAUUGACAGAUACGGCACCCUGGACUUUGGGAAGUUUGAUGAAAUCUGUGAAGUGGGAUAUCAGCAUGGGAAGACAGUAUUUAAUGUCUGGAGCAGGAGCGGAGUCCUUGACAAGAUGUUAAAAGACAGGCAAGAGAUCUGCAAAUCCAAAACAUCGGGUAUUGUGACCUGUCCUAGCACCUCUUUCACUGACUUGGCAGAAAUCGUGUCCAGAAUUGAGCCAGUCAAAGCAGCUCUGGUAGAUGAUGAAUCUGACUAUCAGACUGAGUAUGAAGAAGAAAUUCUAGACAACCAGAAGGACGAUUACGCUAAUUUCCUAAGCAGCCAGGUGGAAGAGGAUUCUGACUCCGAUGAAGAUGUACAGAUAAGAAAACGCAUCACCAUCCCCAAACAGGAGACCCGACCCAGCAGCACAGGGGAGCCCAGCUAAUCACUAGGGGAGCCAUCAGGACUUGUCUUUCAUUUGAUCACAUAACUGUAGUUUCACUGCCAAGAGCCCUUUUUAUAAAAAGAUUGCCUGGUUGAGAUGUUGCAGUUUCUCAAACCUCUCAGAUCAGGAUGGAGGGGCUAUUUAACUGUCCUUAGAGGAGACCCACCAUAAUGAAGCCCAAGAAUUGCCAGCGCACUACCCACAUCUCCAUGCGCAGUGAGAUCUCAUGCCAUGGAAAUUUGCAAUGACUUUGCUCCUUUUUCCAAGUGCCAUUCUGGGUUGUGAGUCAUUGAUCUCUCUGGGGUUUGUAUGAUGAAAGGGUGUGCUGGGAGUUGUCUGUGGUUAGAAGUGUGUUCAGAUGCUGCUUUGACUGUCUGCCACCAUGGGUUCUAUUUGCUGUUCUGGCCCAGAAGGCUCAAAAAAAAGAAAACAUCCCUGGAAAGUAUGGGCACUGCCACUGCUGCAAAGGGUAAAUACAUGAGCAUUAGAAUGCAGGGGUGUUUGUCACAGGAGCCAGGCAGCCAUGUUGUUAACUCAGCUCUGUACUUAUUUUGCAACUGUGUAAGUGGGAGUAUUGCUAUGAUAGUAGGAUAAAGGGUCUCUGUCUGCAUUUCUCUUGAAGACUUAAUGGGAAAUCUAAAUGCUACAAGUUAAUUACUCUGAAUGUUACUCAUUUGCUUCAGAUACUGUAUAAUCAAGCCAUCUGCAGGAGCAUGUAAUGAUGGUGCAUUUAGUUGCUAUUUGCCAGGCAGUUAGAGAGUAGCUACAUAGCUGUAGCUACCUUGUGAAACAAAGUGGUAACUGCUGAAAUGAAAUGCCUGUACGUGGUUGUCAGUGGGUUACAAGAUUCUGUCACUGAUCAGUAGCUGCUUUGUAGGGUGUGAUAAAAUGCCAGGCAGGUUAUGUUGAGUCCAUAAGAGUUCAUUUUAAAGGCCUCAUUGCCGGCAUGCAAAACUUGCCCAACUUUUCAGGAGCUCCACAAAGGCUGCAGCCAUCUAAAAUGGAGCAGUCCAGGUUCCAUUCCCAGCGUGGUACUCUCUGUCAUGACCCCAGUGGAAGCUGUUUGAAUGCUGAAGACUUUUGGGAAUGCACCAAUAGCCCAAAGGUCUUAAGUCACUUCUGCUGAGAUCAGAACUUCCCAAGGUGACACUUGUACUUUUGAAGACACCCUCAGUUUAUAACCGCAGCUAGAAUCCUUUUUAUUUAUGUAUUUUAAAAUAAAAUUGCAGCAGAGAAA